GCACAGGAAUCCUUUGGAACAUUUUGGUAUUACUAACGGAAAUCGCUGAAAAAACGUCAACAUGGUCGUCUGGACAACGGCUGAACGCAAUGCCAUCGUUGGCCUUUGGGGAAAGAUCGGUGUGGAUGAGAUCGGACACCAGGCCUUUGCCAGAUGUCUGAUCGUGUUUCCUUGGACUCAGAGGUACUUCAGCUCAUUCGGUAACCUGUCCACACCCGCUGCCAUCAUGGGUAACCCCAACGUGGCUAAGCAUGGGAGGACCGUGAUACACGGUCUGGACAAAGCUAUUCAGAACCUGGAUGACAUCAAGAACACUUACGCUGCUCUCAGUGUGAAGCACUCCGAGAAACUGCACGUGGAUCCCGACAAUUUCAGGCUCCUCGCGGAAUGCAUCACCGUGUGCGUGGCUGCCAAGCUCGGGCCUGAAGUUUUCAAUGCUGACGCUCAUGAAGCCUUUCAUAAGUUCCUGGCUGUUGUUGUUUCGGCUCUCGGCAGACAAUACCACUAGAGUGGCACUCGACAGCAAUAUGGAGGGAGGAAACACCAAGUCUAGUCAUGUAGGUUGAAGCUGGUCAUAUCUCCGAAUAUUGAAAUAAUAAAACCGAUAUAAAAUA